UCUGACUCGCUAACAUUAUGUCACAAUUCUGGCGUUGACAGCUCGCGUCAUUUGCAUAACGGAAGUCACCAAAGGACGUGAGGGUCGGUUCUCAACACCAAGGGGUUUCCUUUGAGAAAAAUGAAGUGGACAUUUGCUGGAGUGUUUGCUGCUUUUCAGUUUCUUCCUUUAAUCUGUGGAGUACGCAAUAGCCAGCAGACGAUUCACGACCAUUUACAGUCGGAACUCCUCCUUCCGGUCCAGAGAAGUUCCCACGUGGUUUACGAGGGGAGCGGGGACACGGACGUAUUGUUAGACAAAACCCCUGUCUAUAAAGUCACCGAACACCCUCCUCCUAAACGACAGCCUGGUGAUAUAUCAAAUAGUGCUACAGGGCAUCAGUCUGCUUCCGUCGUUGUUCUCCACAAACCGUCGCCCGCCAUCAUUGUCCUGAUCGUCAUCCUGAUCCUGCUCCUGAUCACUGCCCUCCUCGCUAUCGGCUAUCUAUGGAGGCGAGUCCGUGUUCUCAAGGAACGACUUACCAAACCCAGCCCCACCAAGGGCGAGUUCGACGAGGAUGAAUACUCUGUGAUGAUGGACUGGUCAGUCAAAUAGAACGGGGACUAUGGACACUGAUUUCAAUCGCUCGCUUGCCUGUGCUAUCCCCCCUGAGCACGUCACAACAAAGCCUGGGUUGUCCCAGAGCACGAUAUGGCAAUUCUCCAUAAUCGUUUUUGUUACUUUUAAAGAUGUGAAAUUUCAAUCUUGCAUCGUUUGAAUUUCUACUGUAAAGUACAUUUAACUUUCAAUUUUUCGUUAACAAUGCUAUUUUUUUAAAAAGAAAAUUGAAUUCCAAAUAAAUGAUUUUUAUAUUU